AUGGACCAACUCUCACUGGUGGCGGAACAUUGUGCAGCCUCUGGGCACACUUUCGCCUUCCAGAACGCCGAAAUCCUAGGCCGAGGUACCGACCAGACAGCUAGGGAAACGCUUGAAGCCUGGCACACCGUACCAACCUCCAUCAACCGCUGCACGAUUCUCCCGGCGGCCUACCAGGCCCUACGAGUGCGGUUCAACCAACGGAAUCAAAGGCAGGAAGUCAGCAUCACAAGCCCAGGUGAACACAGUUCGCGCCCAAACACCGAUGACGGGGGCCAGCAGGCCGAUAAAGGAGAAACAGGCAAGGGGCCAGCAGCCACCGAGGUGCACACGGGCAGAGGCAAACGGGCGACAAUUACGAGAAACGCGGGUCAGGCACAACAAAUGCGGGCAAUGCAGACGAGGUCAAUGACCGUUGCCAUCCCGACACAGCCCACCCGACGAGGAGACGCAGGAAGGGGCCGACCAGCACGACAGCAAUUAGCUCCUCCCCCGCAGCAGAUCCUGCACGAAUAG